AUGGUGGACAACGUCUCCUUUGAAUACUCCGACGAAUCGAGCACGGAGGGUUCUUACAAAUUGUACACGAGUCAAGCGAUCGAUGGGCAUGCGGUGAAGCCGCUCUCCGGCUCGGCGCCGUCGGUCCGGGUGACGGCGCUCGCCGCGACCGACGAGGAUGCCGCGGACGGCAAGCAGCCGAGCAAAGCGCGCCAGAAGAAAUUCCAGCGCCACUUCCCGCAGGUCGGGCCCGAUGAGCGCGUUCUCAACUAUUAUUCGUGCGCACUAGUCGGCGACUUGUUGCUCCAGGGUCACCUGUACAUUACAAAGAAUUACUUCGCGUUCUACUCCAACGUGUUUGGAUAUGUAACCAAGCUGCUGAUCCCGACCACGUCGGUGCUCCGUAUCACCAAGGAGAAGGUGGCGCGGAUCAUCCCGAACGCAGUGGGCGUCUGCACGCGGGACGAGCGGCACGUGUUCGGCUCGCUGCUGUCGCGCGACUCCACCUACAAGCUGAUGACGCACGUGUGGAAGGCGGCGCGCGUGCCAGAGCUAGCCGUGCCCCCGCCACAGGAUUUGAGGACGUCGGAGGUCGAGUUGGAGGCGUCGGAAUACUCUCCCGAGGACGAUAGCAGCUCGGUGGGCGCAGACCAGACGGACGCGGCUGGACGCGGACCCGCUGACCCGCUGUUACCAGCAGGGGCGUCGGCGGGGCCGGGGGGCGCGGCGGUCAUUCAACCCGCGCUGCUGACGGGCGCGGUGGCGCCGCAGCCCGCGCCCCGCUACUGGAGCCUCGCGCUCGGAAUGCUCACGGCGCUGCUGGCGCUCACGGCGGCGCUGCUCGCGUACCGGCUGCUGCGUCUCUCUCACGCGCAGGAGGAGGCGAGCGCGCUCUCGGGCGAGGAAUUGUACGCGGCGCUGGUGCAGUGGCGCUCCAGGCUCCACGGCCGGGCGGCGGACGAGCUGCACGCGUUCCUCAACACCAACCUGCUACUCCUCACCAAGGUGCGACAGUCCUUGGAGGCUCUGUCUGGUGUGAUCCUGACCGAUAUGGGCCAGGCCGGCGACAGCGCAUUCAGU